AUGCUGCAAUUAUAUAUCGCUGUUCCGUCGUCUCCGCCGAUCCACCUCCGCGCUAAAAUUGCCAAAAAGCCUCAACAACCGCGAAUAUUCCAUUCCGCCCUGUCUAAAAUUAAUAAAAACCUUACCGGUUCAUUCUAAAUGACAUGACACUGUAAACACAGAAAAUAAUGGGUAUUUAAAUCACCUUUAUUACCUAAAUUGCUCAAUUCAAAUAUCCGAAAUUUCACUAGUGCUCUUAAUAGCUUCAAAAGCAAGUGAAGAAAUAUAACCAAGAGUGUUAGUAAAAAUAAAAAAACAUAGAAACCCCAAAGGAAAGUCGAGAAAAGUGCCUACAACCAAAUGUGUUUUUCCUGAUGUUAAAUCCCUUCAAUCCCCUUAUCUGGCUUUAAUUCCCGUAAAGCCCUUUUUUCACCUGCUUCCACCUUUAAGCGUCGCAAUAAUUCCCCAACAAAAACAAGCACAUGAGUUGGAUUAAUAGGAGUCAACUGGAAUAGGCCGAAGCACACCGGAGCACAGCUGCUGAUAUUAUGGAAAAAGCGAAGGCGUAUAUCAAAAAUGAACUUCGCGGUGGCAGCCAGCUUUCCGAGCCAGCAACCACACCGAACCCGACCUCGCCGGCCUCGACUGGAACGCUCCAAGCGACCAAGCAGCCUUACGCGCCCGUGGAGCUGAUGCCCUCACCCGGUGCAGCGGCUCAUCGCAGCAGCCGGACUCCCGGCGAGCAAUAUCACUUGGGCUCUCAGCCACAUGCCGCUCAGCACUACUAUGCCGGGGUCAAGUCGACGGGAAGAGCUUCAGCGCCGCCAGAUCACCAUCAUGUGCCCAUGACCAUUUGUUUUGUGUGUGGCGGACAUGGUGGCUAUGAGCCGCAACCGCUGCGCAUUCGUCACAAUGCCGAGCGUCCCGCUGAAUCUUAUUUUCCCUUUUUGGAGCGUCACGACCCGCCGAACGGAUUGACGGGAGUGACGCCUGGCCAGGAUUACGUGUGGGCCUGUAUGCUCUGCUUUCGAUCCCUGAACGAGCAAUGGGAUGCCUACGAGCGGCAAAAGAAACCCCUGCUGCAGCGCAUCUACCACAUGAAACGGGUGGACGGAAAGGGCUACAUUGGAGCCGAUGUGGCCACACAAAGCGAGUAUGCCGCCCAGGUUUUGGGUUUGAGUGCUGAGCAUCUCACCCAGAAUGGCCUGGUGGAGGGCCACGGUGAUCCCUAUGCCUUGGCACGCCACUACUCGCCGCAGUUGCAGCAGUCGCAUCACCACCACCACCACCACAGUACCUCAAGGAAUGCCUCACCCUCGCCGAAUCCCAGUGCUGCCGGCGGUGGCGGUGGCGGCGGUGGUGGUGGUGGUGGUGGUGGUGGGGACUUUUAUCCCAGGAACUCGACGCCGUCGAGCAGCCACAACAGAUACCUGAGCAGGCCACAAUCACGGGACAUGCCCGUGGCCUCGCCCUCAUCGCGACCGCCCAGCGAGCCGCCGGCCAUGAAAUCCGCCGGCUAUGCCCAGCAGAAGUUCAAGCUAAGUCCGGCACCACCACCGGCUGGCUAUCAGGGCCAGGCGCCGUAUCAUCCCGCCCAGUAUCAACAGCUGCAGCAGCAGACGGCCGCCUAUCAUCUGCUGCAGCAGCAGGUGAACGCUGGCGGCGGAGCAGCCGAGUCGGCCCACUACAAGGGCAAUCCCUACAGUGCGUUGCCCUCGCCCGGCAGUGCCCCACUGGGACCUCCGGCGCCGUCCACUUUCGAAGAUGACAAUGCCACCGUGCUGGACUUACGGAACUCCUCGAGUUCCAGUGCUCCACCAACGCCUCGUCAUGGAUCGAUCAUCAGUUCGGUGGCGCCGACCAGUCAACCGCAACCAGAAGUGGGAAUCCUGGACCUCUCCAUGCCGGACAAGAAUUCCAUCACCGAGGUGUGCUACGUGUGCGGCGAUGAACAGCGCAGGGGAAGCCUCAUCGAGCUGAGUACGGUGAAGCCAAGGGAAACCGGAAGACCAGGGCAAGCUGUGGCGUAUUUCCCCCUGUUCAACGAACAGCAUCCGCGGCCAGCACGCUCACGUCCCAAGGAUCCGCGCGGCAUGAUCCAGGCUUGUCUGCCCUGUUACGAGGACCUCAUACAGCAAUGGAACGCCCACCAGGCAAUCCAUAAACCUGAAUCGGAGCGGUCCUAUCAGCUGCGAAAACGUUCGACGUUCGUGGCCGAAAGAACCACUUUCGUUUGCUACACCUGUGGAUCGGAUACGCCCUCUUCGCAACUGCGCCUUGUCUACUGCUGUCCAAAUGCUGAAAGGGAACCCUAUUAUCCAUUUAUCAAGACCAUUACAGUCUUCAAAAACGCUAGUCCAAUUAGUCCGCAAGGCAUGGUUCAGGUCUGUUCCACUUGCAACGAGAAGCACACUGGCUUGGAGAUGGGUGGUCCACCUCCAGCUGCCUCCAGCACCCACUCAGCUGUGGGUGGAGCUUCUCCAAGCGCUGGACACUCGCUGGAAUCGAACUCGGCCAUGUAUAGUGCCAGCGGAGGGAUAGCCGGAAAUAGUGGGGUCCAAUUUGGAGGUCGUAACUCACCAUCGGAAAAGUCCCUGGCCAAUUCGGACUCCACGAGUAAUGUGCGGUUUAGGCCCUACGAGACGAACUCGAACAAUUCCAACUCAAACACGGCACGUGACCUGAAACAAAUUCGUCGCAGCGAUUCGCGCCCAAAUUCGCCGAGUUCCAGCCAAGGAGCCAUUGAAAAUGGGCACGGACAGUAUCCUUGCUCCAUUUGCAAAGUGCUUUGCCCAUCGAACAAAAUGGAUUGGCUGUCCACAAGUGCCGAGCACAUGAACUCCCAUGCCAUGCACUUUCCCUGUCUCAAGGCCAGUGCCGUAACCAGCAAUAAUAACAAUAAUAGUAAUACCAAUAACAACAACAACAAUAACAACAACAACAACGAGCUAAACAGCAAUCGCGUGCUGGCCUGCAAGGACUGCAAGGAUUACCUGGCCAGCCAGUGGGAGUCAAUGGAUGCGGAACGGGUUCCCCUCGAGCAUAGAAGAUACAACAUUCCCUCGCCCAUGCUGACCUCCAGCUCACCAAAUGGAUCUCGGCACGGCGCCAUGAGCAUCAACACUCCGCCCUCCACGCCAUCCAUAUCAUCCUCGACGCCUGCCAGCACGUCCAUCUACUGCUAUCUAUGCGGAUUGCACUCGGACCUAACCUUAGCCAGAGUUCUCUAUGCCAGCAAAGAGGGAUCGCGGCCGUAUUUUCCACUGUUACUGAAACACAAUUCACUUCCCAAUGCUGAGCAGUUAAGGAACAAUUCGGCCCUAGUUUGCACCUUUUGUUACCAUUCCAUGUUGAACCAGUGGCGCAAGUACGAGGCGCAGAGUCCCAACGUGAAUCCAGCGGAUCGUAAAUAUAAUUGGCACGACUACAACUGUCACCUGUGCGGCAUUACGACUUACCGGAAAAGAGUACGGGCGCUCCCCGUCAACGAGUUUCCCUUCGUGAAGCACCAGAAAAGCGACGAUGGCCUACUGCUAGAGAACGGAGAAUAUGCGGUGGUCUGUCUGGACUGCUACGAGAGUUUAAGACAACAAGCCUCGCAACACGAUCGCUUCGGGGUGCCCAUUUCCAGGCGGGCCUACAACUGGGUACCUCAACCACCUCCACCGGAGGACAGUCCCGAAUCCGCAGUGGCCCGUUUGCCCUGCGGCGAGCGCUCCGAUCGCAUUCUCAUCAGCAGUGCCUUGAGGCCCGUGCCAGGGAAGAAGACCACGUCGCCGAAGCAGUACGACAAGUCAAAAGAAGUGCCGCCGAAGGCUGGACAAAAGCGGCCGGCCACCAGCCCCGCACCGCACAUUCCCGUGCCGCACCACCUGCAGACACCACCUGGCGGCGGCGGUGGCGGCUUGCCGGGAUCUUCGGUGGCCAACAGCCCGGUGCCAUCGUCCGCCGGUGGCAACGCCCUGCUGAACCACGCCCUGCCCAGCAACCACAUCGGCACUCCGUCGCCGCAGCAACAUCAGCAGCACCAACAGCAACACCAACAGCAACACCAACAGCAGCAACAGCAGCAGCAACAGCAGCAACAGCAGCAACAUCAGGCCCAACAGCAGGCGGUGGCGGCUGCAGUGCAGCAACAACUGGCCGCAGGAGUGGGUUUGCCACCAGGAGCCAUUGGUGCCGCAUCGGCCAGUAGUCGAGGCUCCUUUGCCGCCGCCCUGCGAACGCUGGCCAAGCAGGCCGACAUCAAGGAGGAAGAUGUGGGCGGGGACAGGAAUGUGCCCACGUCGGGAGCCGGCGGGCCGCCAACGUCGGCGUCCGGACCGCUGAACUCGGGCGCCGGACGUGUGGGAUCCGAGCGCUCCGGUGAGGAUCGAGUGGCGAGCAACAAGAAGCGCUCACCGCCCUCGCCACAGCCGCCGGAGAAGAUCGCCCGACUGAGUCACACACCGCAAACAGCCUCGCUGCAGCCGGAACUCUUGGCCAGGAGCGGAUUCCAGCCGUACAGAUCGGACGAGCGGCUGAUGCAUCCGGCGGGCGCCUUUCCCCUGGAGGCCUACUCCCACUUUGCGGGUCUGCCUGGGAUUCCACCAGGAGCUUUUCUGAAUCCCGCUGGACUGCCGUACACGGAGCAGCUGUACCUGGAGCACCGCUACCAACUGUUCCGCGCCGCCGGCGCCCAUCCCUCGCAUCCGCAUGCGGCCGCACUGUACCCCCAAAUGGCCUCGCCCUACUCGCACCUCUACUCGAUGAUGCCCGGCGCAGCGCUGGGCAUCUCGCCGGCGAUGCACGACCGGAUGAAGCUGGAGGAGGAGCACAGGGCGCGGCUGGCGCGGGAGGAGGAACGUGAGCGGGAGAUGCAGCGCGAGAAGGAGCGUGAGCUGCGCGAGCAGCGCGAAAAGGAGCAGCGUGAGAAGGAGCAGCGCGAGAAGGAGCAACGGGAGAAGGAGCAGCGCGAGCGCGAGAAGGAGCAGCGCGAACGGGAGGCCCGGGAACGCAAACUGCGGGACGAGGAGCGCGAGCGGGAGCGGGAACGCCAACAGCUGCUGAAUGCCUCGCAUCACUACUCCAAUCAGUUGUACUCCCCGCUGAACCGAAACCUGCUGGGCUCCAUGAUCCCACAUCUCAACAUGAGCUUGCGCGGACCACCAGGAGCACUUCACGGGCUGCCCGGCAUGUCGCACUACCAUGCAGCGGCGGCCAAUGCCCAGCGGCAGAGUCCCCACGGGGCCAUGGGCCUCAAUCUGGGCAUGGCCGGGCUGCCAGGCGUCGGCGUUCCUCCACUGGGCGGCCACGGGCCCAAUCUGCAGCACCACCUGCAGCAGGCGGCCAUGGGGUUGGCCCAUCCGGGUGCCGCUGGCCUCACGCAUCCCGGCUUCUCGGCCGCUGCCCUCGGCCUCAGUGCCCAUCCGCACAGCCUGAACCUCAGUCACCCGCACAUGUCGCCGCACCAUCCCGCCUCGCUGGCCCACCAGUUGCCGCCGCAUACCUCCACGGCCGGCGGCGGCGGAGCGAUGAGCAACUCCAUUCCAGUGACGGCCAGUUCCAGUCUAUCUGCAUCUUCAGCGCACACCAGCUUGAACCUGACGGCCGCCGUGAAGCUGAGCGCCGACCAGGUGCCCACCUCGACGCCCAGCGGCGGUGUCAGCGGCAGCGGUAUGCCGCCCACCACCUCCAGCUCGCACAUUCCCAACAUGGGCCACUACUAUCAUCACGGCCAUCUGGCGGCCAUGCAUGCAGCUGCGGCGGCGGCCAGCGGAAUGACUCCGACGGCUGCCCACCAACAGCAGCCCCUUUCGCUGCCCAGCUCGCCCAAGAUCACGCCCCCCAUCACUCCCUCUGCGUCGGCGAACGGCGGCCGAGCAGGCGGUAGCCCCCAUGCCAUGAGGCACCACAUUGCUGCGGCCGUGGCGGCUGCUGCCCAGCAAUCGGCGCUGAUCGAUAAGGCCGUUACCCCGGUGACGCAUGAACCGGCCACCUUGGAUCUGACCGGAUCGAAUUCGAACUCCAGCAACCAGGCUCCAUCGAACGCCAGCAGUGGCCAGCCGACCAGUCACGAAGUGAACGGGGGCGAAUCCAAUGGAGCCUCGCAGGGCGAGAUCAAGGAGCAGGUGGCUGCCCUCAAGGAGGAUUCUCUGAAGAGUUCGCCGCCGCCGCCAGUGGCGCUGGACAAGAAGCCAGCCACGCCGAAUGCCGCUGCAGAGAAGCAAAUCCAUCCGGACAGCUCGCCGGAGAACUCAUCGCGGCGCAGUGCCAGUCCGCAGUCGGAGACCAACAACUCGCUGCCGGCGCUCGGUGCCGCAGCAGCAGCAGCUGCAGCAGCAGCAGCAUCAGGUAAAUGCAAAGAGGAGCCCCCAAAGAUUCUAGACACGGACACGACUGCCACGGCAGCAACCAAGACAGACAUUGAGGAGGAGAAGCAACGCUUGUCGGUGUCGCCGGCGCCGGCACCUGCACCAGUUGCUCCCAAGAGCAUGGCCGUCGCCGCCGCCGCCUCCCCAGACACUGUGUCCACCUCCGGCGGGGUGACCUCCACGACCAGUGGCACCACCCCGCCGCCGGUGGUCAGCAGCAGCACCAGCAGUGCCAGCACGGCGCUGACCAGCGACGAGGUGUCCACCAGUGCCGCCACGCCCACUGCCGAGCCCACCAGAUGAUAGAUGAUAACGAUAACAAUGAUAAUGAUAAUGAUGAUGAUGAUCCCCUGGCGGGAGUGGGUGUUCGGUCGGUCGGUCGGUCGGUCGGUCGGUCGGUCGCUUAGGCUUAAGUUCUGCAAAGUCGCCUCGGAUCGGAACUAGUUAACAUCUACCUUCAGUAACAUUUAACUAGGCGAUAAUUUAGUUGUUAGUCAAGCAUCUUUAUUUAUACAAGAACUUGUAAUGUAAUGUAUUGCCAGCGCCGCUUUAGAUCCAAUUCUUAAUGUUUUAAUCCUUAGUUACUAUUAUUAUUUCCGUAUUUAAAAUUGUGAAGCGUUUACUUUUAGAAAUGGCCUGAAUAAAUGAUUUAUUUGUUUACAA